UAGAGUUGCCGGGAUUGCAUCAAGUCGGGCAUCAAGUUCCUGAGCCCUCGUCUCUUGAAAAAAGCUAGCAAUUCUUGAGUGUGCUGUGAUGAUGAAGAAUACAACAAUAGCAUGCCUGGUUUUUCAUCUCAUUUUGUUUAUUGCUUGCCUACUCGUGAUUUCAUCGGCUGGURUCGAAACACGCGAUAAGUGUGACCUCAACUUGGCAAACACAACUUGUCUCCAGAUCUGCAACGGAAAUAACACUUGCAAUUCUACUUGUCCUACUUGGAGCAGUUUGAAGAACUGCGAGCAAAUCUGUUCAAGCGAUCUGGGUUGUCCAGGAAACUAYCAGUGCCACAUUCCAGGAAACUGCAAGCAAGACUGUCAGGAUGGCAAUUGCAUGUGCAGCGGCAAAAACUGCACACAAAAGUGUUCAACGUCCUAUUGUAGAAACACGUAUAUGGAAUGCCAUUCGGAUCACUGUCAGCAAAAUUGCAUCGGUGAUUGCAGAAUGCAAUGCUCAGMAAAUGCUACAGGAAGGUGCUACCAAAAAUGCACUGGUAAUUGCAAAGAUAUCAAGUGUGGCCACAAAAAUUGUGUUCAAGACAUGAUUUGUCGAAAUCCCCCMUGCACUUUACGAUGUCCGAGUACUGUYGAUGAUUGCAAACAGACUUGCUCGUACGGUUUUUGCAAAUUURAUUGCAACGCACGAACGUGUCGGGCUCACUGUAAAAGUGGGAAUUGCAAGUAUGAUGGCACACCACGUGUAAAUACUAAAAUGUCAUGUGACCGAGUCAAUCUUGCRACCAAUGAAUGCUUCCAAGAAGGAUGUGGUUGGCCUAACUGCUCGUUACACUGCGCAAACUCAGGAAUGCCAGAUUCACCAGAGAUCUGUAGGCAAAAUUGUCUUGAUCCAAUCUCUCUGUGCCCUAAAUCGAUGACUUGUAAAUAUGAAAAGGAGUGCAUGCAAAACUGUUACGGGAAAUGCCCGGAYAUCGAGUGUWCAUCCGAUAAAUGCAGCCAGAUUUGUUCUGGAAAAUGUAACGCAUUAAACUGUAAUACCACAACAACUUGCUUGCAGUUCUGUGAGGGGACGUGUGAGGUAUUAGUCUGUUCAUCACCGUCAUGCAUCCAAUCUUGCAGYAGCGCUAAUUGCGAAAUUAAUUGCAACGAAAAGGCAAAGCAUUGCCACCAGACAUGCAAUACUAAGGGAGCGGACAAAGUGGGUUGCAUAAUGGAAAGUAAAGCUAACUCGACGGAACAUCAAAUAUGCGGGAGUAAUUGCACACUGAUGAAAUGCGGCGAAAAUUCCGCAAACUGUACGCAAACGUGUACGCAAGGCUGUGAACGUAUGGUGUGUAGCUCGUCAAACUGUGAGCAGGAGUGUACUCAUGGUAAUUGUACGUUAGAGUGUUCAUCAUCCGUGGAGUAUUGUAAACAAACCUGUAAAACUGGCAAUUGUACAGUGGUGUGUAAUGCUCAGAAGUGCGAGCAAGAUUGCGAUGGACCAGGCUGUCCACCUAGACCUACUACAAUCAGCUAUACCACACCAACAACCUCGAAUAAUACAACAAGUGGAAACUUUACUACUCGUCCAACGAAGCCCGUCACAUCAAAUUUUACGACUCCCGUGCAACCUACCACAACUAACACUACCAGACCUACGGAACCAGUAACGUCUAACGUAACCAAGCCUACGGAACCAGUCACCUCUAAUGUUACUAGUCCUACGGAACCAGUAACGUCUAACGUAACCAAGCCUACGGAACCAGUCACCUCUAAUGUUACUAGUCCUACGGACCCGGUAACAUCUAACGUAACCAAGCCUACGGAACCAGUCACCUCUAAUGUUACUAGUCCUACGGACCCGGUAACAUCUAACGUAACCAAGCCUACAGAACCAGUCACCUCUAAUGUUACUAGUCCUACGAAACCAGUAACGUCUAACGUAACCAAGCCUACGGAACCAGUCACCUCUAAUGUUACUAGUCCUACGUAUCCGGCAACGUCUAACGUAACCAAGGCUACGGAACCAGUCACGUCUAGUGUUACUAGUCCUACGGAGCCAGUAACGCCUAACGUAACCGAGCCUACGGAACCAGUCACGUCUAAUGUUACUAGUCCUACGGAACCAACCGCAAGACCAACUACUAAAGAAACGGGUAUGUGCUAA